GCAGCGGCUCGUCCCGGUGCCCACCCCCGCGAAACGGAGCGCCCAGCCACCCAGCCUCCUCGCCCGCCGCGAUGCCGAGCGUGCAGCUGCCGCCGAAGGAGAGCAACCUCUUCAAGCGCAUCUUGAAAUGUUAUGAACAGAAGCAAUACAAAAAUGGCCUCAAGUUUUGCAAGAUGAUUCUUUCAAAUCCAAAAUUUGCUGAACAUGGAGAGACUUUGGCUAUGAAAGGCUUAACAUUGAACUGUUUAGGAAAAAAAGAAGAAGCAUAUGAAUUUGUUCGUAAAGGACUUCGUAACGAUGUCAAGAGUCAUGUCUGUUGGCAUGUAUAUGGACUCUUGCAGCGUUCUGAUAAGAAAUAUGAUGAAGCUAUUAAGUGUUACCGAAAUGCCCUCAAAUUAGAUAAAGAUAAUCUGCAAAUUUUGAGGGAUCUCUCUCUGUUGCAGAUCCAAAUGAGAGAUCUUGAAGGUUACCGAGAGACAAGGUAUCAGCUUCUUCAGUUGCGCCCAACACAGCGUGCUUCCUGGAUUGGAUAUGCUAUUGCAUACCAUUUGCUGAAAGAUUACGACAUGGCACUGAAACUAUUGGAAGAAUUUAGACAAACUCAGCAAGUUCCUCUCAACAAAAUAGACUAUGAAUACAGUGAACUGAUAUUAUACCAGAAUCAAGUGAUGCGAGAAGCAGAUCUGUUUCAGGAAUCUUUGGAACAUAUAGAAACAUAUGAGAAACAAAUAUGUGAUAAACUUUUGGUGGAAGAAAUUAAAGGGGAAAUGCUGUUGAAAUUGGGAAGAUUAAAAGAAGCCAGUGAAGUAUUCAAAAACUUGAUUGAUCGGAAUGCAGAAAAUCGGUGUUAUUAUGAAGGCUUGGAAAAAGCUCUACAACUUAGCACUUUAGAAGAGAGGCUUCAGAUUUAUGAAGAAAUUAGCCAGCAGCACCCCAGAGCAAUUUCACCUAGAAGAUUACCUUUGAAUCUUGUCCCAGGUGAAAAAUUUAGAGAACUAAUGGAUAAGUUCCUGAGGGUUAACUUCAGUAAAGGCUGCCCACCCUUGUUUACUACUUUGAAAUCUUUAUAUUACAAUACAGAAAAGAUUUCUGUAAUCCAGGAGCUUGUUACUAAUUAUGAAGCUUCUCUUAAAACGUGUGACUUUUUUAGCCCUUAUGAGAAUGGGGAGAAGGAACCUCCAACAACACUACUCUGGGUUCAGUAUUUCCUGGCACAGCACUUUGAUAAACUUGGGCAGUAUUCUUUGGCUUUGGAUUAUAUUAAUGCUGCAAUUGCUAGUACUCCAACUUUAAUAGAAUUAUUCUAUAUGAAAGCAAAAAUUUACAAGCAUAUAGGUAAUCUCAAAGAAGCUGCAAAGUGGAUGGAUGAAGCGCAGUCUUUAGACACAGCUGAUAGAUUCAUCAAUUCCAAAUGUGCAAAAUACAUGCUUCGAGCAAAUAUGAUAAAAGAAGCAGAGGAAAUGUGCUCCAAGUUCACAAGGGAAGGAACAUCUGCCAUGGAAAAUCUAAAUGAAAUGCAGUGUAUGUGGUUUCAAACUGAGUGCAUUUCAGCUUAUCAGCGUUUGGGGCGAUAUGGGGAAGCUUUGAAAAAAUGCCAUGAAGUAGAAAGGCAUUUUCUUGAGAUAACCGAUGAUCAAUUUGACUUCCAUACAUACUGCAUGAGAAAGAUGACCCUUCGUGCCUAUGUUGACCUUCUGAGAUUAGAAGAUAUACUCAGAAGACAUGCCUUCUAUUUCAAGGCUGCUAGAUCAGCGAUUGAAAUAUACUUAAAAUUGUAUGAUAAUCCCUUAACCAAUGAAAGCAAACAACAAGAAAUAAAUUCAGACAACCUGUCAGCCAAAGAAUUGAAGAAAAUGCUUAGCAAGCAGAGAAGAGCUCAGAAAAAGGCUAAAUUAGAAGAAGAGAGAAAGCAUGCGGAAAGGGAACGUCAACAAAAAAAUCAAAAGAAAAAAAGAGAUGAAGAAGAAGAAGAAGCCAGUGGUCUCAAAGAAGAACUUAUACCUGAAAAAUUAGAAAGGGUAGAAAAUCCAUUGGAAGAAGCUAUCAAGUUCCUUAUACCUCUUAAGAACCUUGUUGCUGAUAACAUUGACACUCAUCUAUUAGCAUUUGAAAUAUAUUUUAGAAAAGGAAAGUUUCUGUUAAUGCUGCAAUCCGUCAAACGAGCUUUUGCCAUCAACAGUAAUAACCCAUGGUUACAUGAAUGUUUAAUUAAAUUUUCUAAAUCUGUGUCUAACCAUAGUAAUCUUCCAGACAUUGUGAGCAAAGUUCUGUCUCAAGAAAUGCAGAAGAUAUUUUUCAACAAGGAUUUGGAAAGUUUUAAUGAUGAUUUUCUCAAACAUAACGCUACCUCUCUUCAGCAUUUACUUUCAGGUGCUAAAAUGAUGUAUUUUUUGGACAAGUCAAGGCAAGAGAAAGCAAUUGCCAUUGCUACUAGACUGGACGAAACUAUAAAAGAUAAAAAUGUAAAGACUUUAAUAAAGGUUUCUGAGGCACUGCUUGAUGGUAGCUUUGGGAGCUGUAAUUCCCAGUAUGAAGAGUACAGGACGGCCUGUCAUAACUUGCUUCCUUUCACGUCUGCUUUCCUGCCUGCUGUGGAUGAAGUCAGCAGUCACAGUGCAGCACUAAACCACAUGGCUAACUAUGAUGUCUUGGCAAAUGAAAUUUGAAAUCUCACAGAAAAUUGGCUCCUGUAGAUUCAAAGCUGACUUCAGAUCAGGGUUUCUUUUCCAGGUUAUAUUUUAAUAUAGAUAUGAAGUGAAAUAAUUGGAUAGAAUUUUCAAUGGAGCAUUCUUUAAGCCUAUUUUAUU